CAAAAUAUAAAGGAUAGGAUUCAAGAGAACACUAGAAAUUCAUACGCAGAAAGCGCGAGCAUCCUGUCUGACAACAGUUGAAAUAAUGCGGCAAUCACUGGUGCAGUUGGCGAAUCGGUAUACGGGACACCAAGUCAGGAAUAUCCGAAAGCAGCGAGCAGAGCAUGUCGCAGCCGUAUUGCGCCGCAAGAACAAUAAGGCUCCCGCACCUGUCAGCAAACACUUCACUAUCGAUCAAUAUGCGGAGGACCUAAGAAAAGCCAUGGCAGAGGAUCAACGCAUGUUACGUACUAAGCGACAGACAGCUACCAAGACGAAGUAGAUUUUUGUGCGCAGAGAGGGCGAGAGAUGGAUAGCGCAUAGACCACCGAGCACGCUGUAAAUGUGUACUUAUAUAGUACGAGUUUGAUAUAUUUACUUGUAUAGUAUGUGCGUAUCUAUUUAAUUUUUUCGUGUGUUUAAUUGGCACAUCGAGGUGUUGUAACGGGGGGCUAGAGUGUACAAGUAAGUUACAUCCUGUACAGCUAUGCGGAAUGUAAUGGGAGGUCGUUGGAUUGUAUCGCGAGGAACGUGUGAGAUCAUGAAAGCGGUAGUGCGCUGGAUUCUAUUUUUUCAGGGCUAUGAGAUCGCACUUGUUUGGAUGACUGUGCUUUGGAGGUGCGUUUGAUUCCGUAGUGACAUGACGAGGAGUAUAGUAUGCGAUGAUGUAUUACUAGCGGCAUCUUCUUUUCUGGAGGGUAACGAAGAGAAUCGGGUAUAUAUUCUAAGCAGGAAUGUUUAUUCAUAACGACUGCUGCUGUGCAACGUGCGUGCCUUUUAUAUGCAAUAUUUUUUUUUGCGAUGCCCAUAGUCGUGAACGAUACAGAAUGGGGCGAGGAGAUUCAGGCGUCUGGAUGGAUAUCAUACAUAGGAGUCAUGAUUGAGUUGUCUGUAUAUCGUCAGCAGCUGAUGAUGUCUUCCAUGAUUGGGUGGUAAUUAAGGGGGCUAUGGAUUAGUAGUUGCUGACAAUAAAGGAGUGAGGAAGCUCGCGUGCGUAGUUUAGCACUGAAUAAAUUUUUGAU